AUGAAGUCCGCCGCAGCCCUGACAGCCAUCAUCACCCUCGCCGCAGGCCACGGCAUCGUGACGAGCCCGCCAGCCCGACAGGUCGGCGACGCCUUCAAGGCGGCGUGCGGCGAGCAGCCCUUCAACAACCAGAAGGGCGACCCCUACGGCAACCAGCAACAACUCGAGCAGAACGCCUCGUCGCAGAAGGACUUCAACGCGACGUCGUGCCAGUUCUUCAUGUGCAAGGGCUACCAGCUGGCGGACAACACGGCCAACGUGCAGUCCUUCACGGCGGGGCAGACGGUCCAGAUGAAGGUCGACAUCCGCGCGCCGCACACGGGCGACUGCAACGUGAGCGUCAUCGACCUGGGCAGCAACACCGUUAUCGGCACCCCCAUGAUCGAGUUCCAGAACUAUGCUAGCACCAGCACGGGCGUCGCCAAGAACAACACCGACUUUGAGAUCACGAUGCCGGAUGUGGCUGCGCAGUGCGGGCAGGCUGGGAAGUGUGCCGUGCAGUGGUGGUGGGACAGCAGGGAGGCGGACCAGACUUAUAUGAGCUGUAUUGACUUCACCAUGGCUUAG